AUUAUUUCUUCUGAUUGCUUCGCGGUGCACGGAUUCAGCGGCUGCCCAGCCCAGUGGGACUUUCCGCUGUCCACGCGUCUGUGUGUGAUUCUGCCGGCACACCUCUGUCGACGAUGAGGAAAGGUCUGCGGGCGACAGCGGCCCGCUGCGGACUGGGACUGGGAUACGUGCUGCAAAUGCUCGUGCUACCUGCCCUGGCCCUGCUCAGUGCCAGCGGCACCGGUUCGGCCGCUCAAGACGACGACUUUUUUCAUGAACUGCCAGAAACCUUUCCAUCUGAUCCACCUGAGCCUCUGCCACAUUUUCUUAUUGAGCCUGAAGAAGCUUAUAUUGUGAAGAAUAAGCCUGUGAACCUGUAUUGUAAAGCCAGCCCCGCCACCCAGAUCUACUUCAAGUGUAAUAGCGAAUGGGUUCAUCAGAAGGACCACGUAGUAGAUGAGAGAGUAGAUGAAACCUCCGGUCUCAUUGUCCGGGAAGUAAGCAUUGAGAUUUCGCGCCAGCAAGUGGAAGAACUCUUUGGGCCUGAAGAUUACUGGUGCCAGUGUGUGGCCUGGAGCUCAGCCGGUACCACAAAGAGCCGGAAAGCCUACGUGCGCAUUGCAUAUUUACGGAAGACAUUUGAGCAGGAGCCCCUGGGAAAGGAAGUAUCCUUGGAACAGGAAGUCUUGCUCCAGUGCCGACCACCUGAAGGGAUCCCAGUGGCUGAGGUGGAAUGGUUGAAAAAUGAAGACAUAAUUGAUCCCGUUGAAGAUCGGAAUUUUUAUAUUACUAUUGAUCACAACCUCAUCAUAAAGCAGGCCCGCCUCUCAGAUACCGCAAACUAUACUUGUGUCGCCAAAAACAUUGUUGCCAAGAGGAAAAGCACAACGGCAACUGUCAUCGUCUACGUAAAUGGUGGCUGGUCCACUUGGACAGAGUGGUCUGUGUGCAAUAGCCGCUGUGGACGAGGGUAUCAGAAACGCACGAGGACCUGCACCAACCCAGCGCCACUUAAUGGUGGUGCCUUCUGUGAAGGGCAGAGCGUGCAGAAAAUAGCCUGUACCACAUUAUGCCCAGUGGAUGGCAGGUGGACCUCCUGGAGCAAGUGGUCUACUUGUGGGACGGAGUGCACACACUGGCGCAGGAGGGAGUGCACAGCGCCAGCCCCCAAGAACGGAGGCAAGGACUGCGAUGGUCUGGUCUUGCAAUCCAAGAACUGCACUGAUGGGCUUUGCAUGCAGAGUUUCAUUUAUCCUAUUUCAACCGAACAGAGAACCCAGAAUGAAUAUGGAUUUUCUUCUGCUCCUGACUCAGAUGACGUCGCCCUGUAUGUUGGCAUUGUGAUAGCCGUGAUCGUUUGCCUGGCCAUUUCUGUCACUGUGGCCCUGUUUGUGUAUCGGAAGAACCAUCGUGACUUUGAGUCUGAUAUCAUUGACUCUUCGGCACUCAAUGGAGGCUUUCAGCCUGUGAACAUCAAGGCAGCAAGGCAAGAUCUCCUGGCAGUCCCCCCAGACCUCACGUCAGCAGCAGCCAUGUACAGAGGACCUGUCUAUGCCUUGCAUGAUGUAUCAGACAAAAUCCCAAUGACCAACUCUCCAAUUCUGGACCCCCUGCCUAACCUGAAAAUCAAAGUGUACAACACCUCAGGUGCUGUCACCCCCCAGGAUGACCUCUCUGAAUUUGCAUCAAAGCUGUCCCCUCAGAUGACCCAGUCCUUGUUGGAGAAUGAGGCCCUCAACCUGAAGAAUCAGAGUCUAGCGAGGCAGACGGACCCAUCCUGUACUGCGUUUGGCACCUUCAACUCUCUCGGGGGUCACCUUAUUGUUCCCAAUUCAGGAGUUAGCUUGCUGAUUCCUGCUGGGGCCAUUCCCCAAGGGAGAGUCUACGAAAUGUAUGUGACUGUACACAGGAAAGAAAAUAUGAGGCCACCCAUGGAAGACACUCAGACACUCUUGACCCCUGUGGUGAGCUGUGGGCCUCCAGGAGCCCUGUUGACCCGCCCCGUCAUCCUUACUAUGCAUCACUGCGCAGAUCCCAAUACCGAAGACUGGAAGAUACAGCUCAAAAACCAGGCAGCUCAGGGGCAGUGGGAGGACGUGGUGGUGGUGGGAGAGGAAAACUUCACGACCCCCUGCUACAUUCAGCUGGACGCAGAAGCCUGCCACCUCCUCACAGAGAACCUCAGCACCUACGCCCUGGUAGGGCAGUCCACCACCAAAGCGGCCGCCAAGCGCCUGAAGCUGGCCAUCUUCGGGCCGCUCUGCUGCUCGUCUCUGGAGUACAGCAUCCGAGUCUACUGUCUGGAUGACACCCAAGACUCCCUGAAGGAAGUUCUGCAGCUUGAGAGACAGAUGGGAGGACAGCUCCUAGAAGAACCUAAGGCUCUUCAUUUCAAAGGCAGCACCCACAACCUGCGCCUGUCGAUUCACGACAUCGCCCAUUCACUCUGGAAGAGCAAAUUGCUAGCUAAAUAUCAGGAAAUUCCUUUUUACCACAUCUGGAGUGGGUCUCAGAGAAACCUCCACUGCACGUUCACUCUGGAAAGAUUUAGCCUGAACACGGUGGAGCUGGUUUGCAAACUCUGUGUGCGACAGGUAGAAGGAGAAGGGCAGAUCUUCCAGCUUACCUGCACCGUGUCAGAGGAACCUACUGGCAUUGAUUUGCCUCUGCUGGAUCCAGCGAGCACCAUCACCACCAUGACAGGACCCAGUGCUUUCAGCAUCCCUCCCCCUAUCCGGCAGAAGCUCUGUAGCAGCCUGGAUGCCCCACAGACCAGAGGCCAUGACUGGAGGAUGCUGGCCCAUAAGCUAAACCUGGACAGGUACUUGAAUUACUUUGCCACCAAAUCAAGCCCAACUGGCGUAAUCCUGGAUCUUUGGGAAGCACAGAACUUCCCGGAUGGAAACCUGAGCAUGCUGGCAGCUGUCUUGGAAGAAAUGGGAAGACAUGAAACAGUAGUGUCUUUAGCAGCAGAAGGACAGUAUUGACCCAAUUGGGGAAUGACGAUAAAGGCCGAGAAUGCACGGGAGUCUGUGGCCGUCCCGGGAAUCCCAGCUGAGGAGGAAAUCCUGACUAGACCAAUGAGCUUCACAGGCAAGAUGGCAGCAGGGGAGAGAAGGAAAACAGAUGCAGCUACCAAUAUACAUGCCCACUUUACUCGGACAUCAUCACAAACGUUAAGAACAAUUGUGUACAUCUGUACUUUGAAUUUAGAAACCAACCUAAUUUUCCUCUUUGUUGGGCUGUAUGCUGUGUGGUACAGGAUCUUACAGUUUCCUAGGAAACGCUUUUUAUCGCUAUCCAGAUAUAUGGAUAAACUUUCUUAACAAACCCAAUUUCUACAAACGUUGUUUACAUCACAUUGGACAGGGAUGCAGACGCUGUCCAUGGCUUGUUCUAUUUUUGUUUAAAUCAUUUGAAGUUGAAGCUGUGGACGGUUUGUUGUGUCUAAUUCAGAUUAGUAAUUUACAGAGAAAUCAGACUUUCGCUACAAAUCAUGUGCAUCAAGUGUCUCAGAUAAUCCUCCCAUCAGUGUUCUGUUUCUAGAACUUGUAGAACCAGUGUUAACUGUUUGUAUCAGGGAAGCGGAGAAUCUAAGUGUAAAGGAGAAAUUAACUGAGACUCCUUAUUCCUUGAGGACAUCCAUCCAGGACCCUCUGGGAAUGAAGCUGUAGCAUUGCAGGAGAGACAGUGAUUCAUGUUCAACCACACAAACAAGCAUUUCUUCACAACAUGUGUUUGUAAUAUGCAAUUUGAAGUUUUUUGUUUUUUUUUAAAGUAUCAUUAUUAUCAUUAUUAUUAUUGAUGAGUAUUUACCAGUAUUCUAGUAAAAGGAUUUUUUUUUAACUUCUGUUGUUGUUAGCAGUACUGUUAGUAUUUAGGUAUUGACUAGACCUGCCUCAUCUUCUCACAUAACUAGGUGGGCGUGGUCACCAGUUUAAUUAAACAGGCAUUGCUUCUUUGACCUUUCAUCUUUUCUCCAUCAUUCUGCCCCCCGGAAAGGUAGUAAAUGCGUACUGGCUUUGUCGGUCUGUUCUUUCAGCUCGCUCAGGCAGGGUCUUUCUCCUCUGAGUCUUGUCACAAGAAGCGUUCUGUAUUCAAGUUCACAUAAUACUGGGGUCAUAUGGCCCCACACUGACCCCCCUCAGUACUCUGCCUACCUUAGAGGCAGUGAGGUUGGAGGAAGAGCCUCUGAACUGGUAAUCAGGAAACCAGUCAGUUCUCAUUCUGGGUCUGUCAUUAUCUAGCUGUGCUGCCUUGGGAAAGUCACUUCACCUCACUAGACCUCAGUUUCCUCACCUGUAAAAUGAAGGGGUGGGAUUAGAUAACCUCAAGGCUUAAAAUGCUGGACAUCCACUCCAGUCUCAUUCAUCACUGUGAAGACCAAAGUGGACUCAGAGCUGGAUAAUAUAAAGACCCAUAAAACCUAGUCACUUGCCCAGGCUACAUUAUGUCUUUCAAAUAGUGUUCUGACUUGGAAGAUGAUUAUAACCUGUAACAUAUUUGUUAUGCUUUCAAGUCUUGUCUUUGUGUCAUUGCAUUAUGCUGUUCACCGAGAGAUGGCAUCUCUUUAUUAUCACUUUCUUUCCUCUCUUGGGACCACUUGCCUUCCUGGUUAGUAGCAGAUUAUGUUCUAUUAUUGUCUUGGUAAAAAUAUUUUAAAUUAAAAAAAAAACCCUUUUAACUGAAAAAUAGUUAAUCAACAGACUACUUUGUGUAAACUAAGAUAUUUCCUUAGGACCAUUCACAGGCUUUGUUUUAACACAGGGACUCAAAUCUUUCAGCAGGUGAGAAAUAGAGAGUCAACAGCCCAGUAGCCAAACCAAGAUUGAAAAACAAGGACCCAUGUGUAUGAAUCAAAACCUUCAAAACAUGGUUAUGGUUUACUUUGGGGCUAGAGGUAUCCAGGUUGCUGAGUGGAUUAUAAUUAGAAACAAUUUCAUACAUUUUCUCCCGUACUUCCACAUUUAUUUCCUCUCGUAUUUUGGUGACUUCUAGAUAUUUCCAUGCUCCUCCACCCUCAUCAUUGAGAAAAUAUUGAUGCCUUGGUAUGCAGCCUUUUCUUUCAGGCCUUUAUAUUCUUUUUUAGGCAUUUAUUCUAUUAUUUGUCUCCCUCAGCUGCCCACCUCCCACACUAUAUAUAAAAAAUACACUACACUUAUCACGAAAGGGAAAGAUUGCACUAAUAAACAAGUUCAGUGGGUAAUGUUUGUACUGAUGCAUAUCUGACCAAAAGAUAGUAAAACUGUAUCCUACAGAAAAGAAAAAGAAAAUUAAACAGAUUAUUUUUUAAUAGGAGGAGAAAAGAGAACUAUUGUCCACUGCUGCAUCUUAAAAUAACUUCUCAAGAUUGCUCACCAUUACUGAUUGUCAUCUAUGGAAAUCAAGAAUUAGAAAUCUGAAGGACACUCAAAGGACACUUUUCACUCAUGUCUAGUGAAAAGUAGAGGCAAGAAAAUAUGGAGCUAUCCAGAUAAAUCAAUUCAGAACUUAAACUAGAAAAAAAUAUCACUAAGAAGUCAUCAACACAGAAAUACUGAACAUAGCAAGAACUAUAUUAUCAAAGCCAUGGAAAGCCUUUGGGGUUCACUUCAAAUGCUUCGUGCUUUCUGUUCAACCUUCCAGCACCAGAAAUAGGAAGAGUGGUUGAUUCCUUAUAAGCAAGGUACUUAGCUGUUGUAAAACGCAGUGAUGUUCUCUACCAAGUGAAUGGCAACUUCCAUGCAUACAACACACCACUUAAGUCAAAUAAUUUUCACUAUGAAUUCUGAUUUCCUUCUUCUUUGGAAUGAAGCAAUAGCUGUCAGAUUGCUCUCAUAUACAUAAGGUCCAUACCCAACAGCUCAUUUCAUAGGGAGCCACUUCAUCAACCAUUCAAUGUCACACAUCCUGCCUUUCAUUCCUAGGGCUUCUGUGGAGCUUGUGAGGAAAGACAGGCUUCAUUCGAAAGGGAAAACCUAUCACUUGUGCGUGGUGCCAUCUAGUGGUGUGUAACACAAUCUACCCCGAGUUUAAUAUAAAAACUCACUAAAAGUUUGGCAAAGGGAAUGAAUACCUGCUCAGUAGGACCUUUAUGACAAAUCGACAUGGGGAGAUUUUCACUUCAAAUAAGUUUUCUUAUUCUCAUAUGUUUUUCACCUAAAUUAUCUAGAUCAAAAAUUGCAUGUCAUUUUUUUUUUGAGCUUAGUACAUCAUCAACUCAUUCAUACAUGACAUAUCUCAACUUGGUUUUUGGUAACAGAAAUACACAAAAAUCUGUAUAAAACAGUCUUGGAAGAGUUAUCAUUAACAUUUAUAUUUUUCAUUGUGUUUAAAUGUUUCAAAUCUCCUAUUUUGGGUUCUCUAAUAUUUAUUUUUUGAAAUGUUAGAAGCAUCUGCUUGGAAAGAAAUGUUUGAUAUAUGCAAAUCAGAAUACUAUGUCUAAGGAAGUAAAAAUUAUAGUUUGUAAUCAAGGAGAAGAAAGAGGCUUCCUUUCUUCUGAAUUUGGGUAUCUACAGGCACAGGUUUCAUUCAGUUUCAUUUUCUUUUUUCCACACUCAUUCAGAUUUCCUUAGAGUGCUCUGGAAGGAAUAGACGUUGGAUUCUGAAUUGAUAACUAGGUAUAAAGUGAUGCCAAACAUGUAACACCAAGGUCCUCCACUAAGUGUUUUCACAUGCAGCGUGAAUACCAAUGUGGAUCCCUACCUUAGUUACACAGAAAAACCCAUCCUCCUGUGAGUAGUAUAAGCCCUUCCAAGCCAGGACAAUGUUUUGGGUGAGAUGCCCAAUAUUAAACUGCAUAAUCAUUAGCCAUUUUCAUAUAUACUAUCAUUUUGUAUAUUUUAAUCUCAUAAGCUUCAAAUAGUAGAGCCAUUCUUUGGGACAAUAUCAUGGAGACGGAGUUCAGGACACUCGAGAAACCACACAAUUCAAUACCAUUUUUGAAGGGUAUUUCUCCUGUAAGAUAUCUUAAAGGUAAGCAUUCAGAUAGCAGAAUCAAAACUUUUUACAUUUUUGGAGUGGAGCAAACCAGGCUCUUAUCUUACGUAUCCUUACCUGUGUCUCAGUCAGGGACACAGCAGCUGUGCUCUCCGUCCACUUGCUCUCUGUCAUCAAUGCACCAGGAAGGAAGUCAGUAAGGUGAUCACUCUCCCCAGAAUUCACAAGCCUUUGCCUCUAUAAGGUCUGCCCCCAUGGGGUCAAGCAAAUAAAAACCAUAUAAAGACCUGUAAGAGAGUGUACAGAGGUGAAAAAGUUUACUUGUCGAAUUUUCAGCCUUCAGGUUGAAAGUGAGCUUUAGCUUUUGCUGAGCAAUCUCUCUGCACUAAUCAGUUUCACUUAGAAGACCUCAGUGCAAACCCAAGGCUGAUGAGAGAA